UGUCAAUGUAAAACAUUUCAUUUUUUGCGGCGGCAAUGAGAUAAAAUAACAGAAAUAAACAUUUUUAUUUUGCAUAUAAAUAAAGGUUAGAAGUUAUUUGUUUACAAUCACAAUGUCGGACUUAGAAGUUGCAAAAGUAACCGGCGACACUGGUGAGACCAAACUCGAUACCAGUCCUAGAAAACGAGUACGGCAUCGCAAGAAACAAUUAUAUGAGAACAUAUUAAAGCAAAUGGAAUUUUACUUCAGUGACGCAAACAUAGCUAAGGAUAGAUUUUUAGGAGAACUUGUAAAAACUGACCCUUACGUGCCGGUUGAAGUUUUCCUUAAGUUUAACAAAAUUCGAUCAAUGACACAAGAUAUGAAUGAUAUAGUGAAGGCAAUGAAACAUUCCACUUUGCUUGAAUUGUCUGAUGACAAAACAAAGGUUAAAAGACAAACACCAUUUCUUCCAUAUGACGCAGACCAGAGAACAGUGUAUGUGGAGUCUAUACCAGUCACGGCAAGCAGGGAGUGGUUGCAAAGAGUAUUUUCUGAAUAUGGACAUGUAGCCUAUAUCUCAUUGCCAAAAUUCAAAAACUCUCAAAGAAUUAAGGGUUAUGGCUUUAUAGAAUUUGAUAAGCCAGAAGAUGCACAAAAGUGUAUCCAUGCAUUCACCAAGAUGGGGUGCAAACUACCCACAUACAUGCCUCCUGAGGAACUAUCAUCCAUUAAGAUGUUUUCGAUGGAGGAACCUAUAGAUAUUGGGUCUGAUAAUAAAGAUGAAAAGGGAGAUGGUGAACCACCAAAGAAGAAAAGUAAGAAGAAUAAGGACAAAAAGCUCCAAAAGAGUUUGGAACAGGAGUCUGAUAGUGAAAAAACAGUGGUAACUCCUAGUGAUGAAAAUAAGAGUAUUUUGACACCAACUGAAAGCAAGCCAGUAGAUAGUGAUUGUAAAGAUGAGUUGAUAAGUCACGAUGAAAGUAAAGAUGAAAAUCAGUCUAUAAAUAAGUUGAGAAAACGGACAGCUGGAGAAAGUAAAGGGAAAAACAACUCAAACAAAAAUGAAGCACCCAAGGGUGCAUUAUGGGGACUGCAAGUUCUCUCGAAGUCAGAGUGGAAAUCUCUAAGGAAUAAAUAUUUGAAUCUACAGAGGAAGUAUAUGAAGGAAAUGAAGGCCAAUCUGCAAAAUAAACGACACUUUUACUCCAGCAUUCCAGCGCCAGCGGCUUCUUCUGUGGGCGCAGAGCCAGUUAAUAACACAGUGGAGACUGAUACCAAAAAUAUAGUGCCAUUCGAAAGAAUACCAGGUGUCUUCGUUAAGGAAGUUCUCACCGAGCCAUGUUUAGACGUUAGACUCACUAAAAGAACAAUUAGAAGCAACAUUCAUGCUAUGCACGUGGAUGCCAAAGAAGGACAAUCGGAAGUCAUAAUCCGAUUCGAUUCUGCAAAAGCUGCAGACGAGUACUGCGCCAACUCAAGUAAUCACGCGCGAACGCUCUCCGGCUCAGAGGAAGAGGAGCAAUGGUUGCGAGCGGAAAGUAAUCGUGCGAGUAAGCGGCCGCGCGGUAAAUCGCGGCUUGUCGCACGACAUUCUGCGCUCGUCGCCGCCGACACCGGGCCCGCAUCGCCCGCGUCGCCGCAGCCCACGCAUACACAUAUACGGUUCGAUGAUGAAUAAACUACACCCAUUGCGUGCGCAAUUCUAAGGCUUGCCACAUAUUUCUGUUAAGAGUUCUGCAAUAUCCCAUUUAUAUAAUGUAUACAUUUCUUAACAAUCUUGAAAGUUUAAAACAAACUGGACUGUAGAUCAUUAAUGAUAUCACAGGAAUGACAAUGUUUGUGUUCUUUUUGGUAAUCAAUGGGUUUGUAUUGCUAAAUAUGCUAGUUACAAUAGAAGUGUCAUUCUUCAACGUUCAAAUAUAUUCAAUUGUCACUUGCGUCUUGUCAUCCAUGACUAGACUACAGCAAAAACGCGGCACUCCUGCGAAUAGAUAUCCGAAGAGUAUACAUGCUACCGGUUACCCGCGAAUUCAUCUGUUUUUUUUUUAUAUUAAAUAUAGUCUAGUCAACGACACCUUGUCUUCAUGUCAAGUUUUUUUUUUUUCGAAAUAUAAUCAUGAAAAAUAGACAAACAGACAGCAACAACACUUUCACAUUUAUAAUAUUAAAAUAUAGGGGGAUAUCUACUGUUACCAAUUCUACAGUAAUAUACAUAUGGGCCGUAUGC